AUGGCAACUGAAAGUAUUGCUGACCUUCGCGAUUGGCUAUUCGUGCUCCUGCUAUGCCUCACCUUACUGGCUGAGGUACUGGAACUGGCAGCAGCCGCAAUUGCUUUGGAGACUGGUGAGGGAGAUGAAGGAAUUGUUUGUCCCUCAGUGUGCCGCUGCGAUGAGGGUUUUGUCUACUGCAAUGACCGAGGACUCAGUCUAAUUCCUCCUUUACCGCUCACGGCUGCCAUCCUCUACCUGCAGAGCAACCGACUGAGUAAUGCCGGCUUGCCCCCGUCGCUCGAGCGCAGCACUUCUAUACGAGUGAUUUACCUAUAUGCCAACCAGUUGGAUGAAUUCCCUAUACAUCUUCCACCUUCAUUGCGUGAGCUCCAUUUGCAGGAUAACAACAUACGAACGUUACCACGAUCAUCUCUGGCCAAGUUACCACUGCUGGAGCGUUUACAUUUGGAUGAUAAUUCUAUAUCUACAGUUAGCAUCCAGGAGCGUGCUUUUUCUGGGACUCCACGGCUUAGACUGCUGUUUCUCUCCCGGAACCACCUGUCAAGCAUCCCUGCCGGCUUACCUGCAUCCUUGGAGGAGCUGCGAUUAGAUGACAACAGAAUCAACACUAUCCCCACACAUGCCUUCCGAGGGCUUUCCUCCCUACGACGCCUAGUCCUGGAUGGGAAUCUGCUAGCCAACACACGCAUUGCGGAUGACACCUUUUCCCGCCUUGCCAAUCUUACAGAACUGUCACUUGUCAGAAAUGCCUUGCAGUCUCCUCCUGUCAACCUACCUUCAGCUCAUCUUGUUCGGCUCCAUUUGCAGGAUAACGGGAUGACUCACAUACCGCGUGGGGCAUUGGACGGAAUGCGCCGGCUCCAGAAGCUGGACCUGUCGGGAAACAACUUGACCAGCCUUCCUCGAGGGCUUCUUAAGGACACGGAUAGUUUGGAGUUGCUGCUGCUACGAGGGAACCCCUGGUACUGCAGUUGUGGCCUCCGUUGGCUCCAUGCAUGGCUUCAUAGCUGGGGGGCUGCUGUAACAGUCAGGGGUUUGACCUGCCAGGCACCUGAGGCAGUGAAGGGUCAGUCCCUUAAAGACCUUACCUAUCUGAUGGAACAGUGUGAAGGACCACCACCUGGUGCGGCCACUGGUAUCGGGGGAAAUCCGUCAGAAAAGAACGGAGGAGGUGAUGAUAGUGUUAGAGGAGAUGGGCAAGCUGUGGUCUCAGUUCCCCACAGCAGCACCACCACUAACUCUUUGUUGGUCCCGACACAAGGUUCCCUAUUCACACUUCGAGCCAAGCGGCCAGGUCUUGUCAUGCCUCUGCCUGCUGGGGGAGAGGGACAUAUAUCUGGAGAGGCCCUAGAGCUGACUGUGAAAGCCCUCUCUUCGGACAGCGUUCUGGUCAGCUGGUUAUGCCCGCAACCGGCACCCUCAUUCCGCCUCUCGUGGCUGAGGUUGGGUACCAGUGCAGCACUAGGCUCCAUCACAGAGACUCUUGUUCCAGGAGAAAGAAGGCAGUACCAUCUUACACAACUCACGCCGCGCUCGCAUUACCUUAUUUGCCUGCUGCCAUUACGACAGGAGACCUUUCUGAGCUCGAGCAUGGGGACAGCUCGUGCUGGCAGCAUUGAAACUAAUAAUAAGGAUUCUACUCCAGCCUGUGCUCAAAUAGAAACUGGAGAGGCUGUGGUGAACUCCAGAGGGGAAGGGUCAGAUAAGGACACACAAGACUCUGAGCUAUCAGCCUUGCCACUGGCAGGGAUCAUUGGGGGUGCCACAGCAUUAGUAAGUCUACUGCUCAUUUUUGGUAUUUUUUGCUGGUAUGGACAGAGAACAAGUUACAAGUCAGGGGAGUCAAAUUCAUACACCAGGGGGCGAGGAGGGAAAAAUUAUGAUGAUUAUGUAGAGUCGGGCACCAAGAAAGACAAUUCUAUAUUAGAGAUUAGAGCUCCUCCAGCAGGGUUUCAGAUGACUACCAUGGCUCAUCAGCCCCUGCAGCCCAAACUGGAGGACGUCACCUACAUCCACACAAUUUUCCCGUCUUCUUCCUCCUCUGCUUCCCAUGCAAAUGGGACAUACCGCAGCAGCCACCGAGCCGGCAGCCUCAAUGGCACCAUCCUGAGCCAAACCAGCCACCAUCAUGUCACUUACGGUACCAACCGCGGCUACAGAGAGGGUGGCAUCCCCGACAUAGAUUAUGCCUACACGUGA